GGCAGUUUUAGGCCUAAGCCGGGAUAUACCAAACGGAGUCGUUUGAGAGAGGUCUCUCGGGUUUAUUCUCAUAGAAGAAGGUUGUAGAAAACGACAUGAAUUAGUAAGUUGUUGCAUACGAAGCGUGUGCAAAGCAUGUUAGGAGCAGCAAGAGGUAUAACAUCUUCUUCAUCUUCCAGAAUCUUCUCUAGGAAUAUUCUUUCCAAGCCUCCUUCUUUCUUCACCAUUUCACGCGCUCUUGCUCCCUCCAUUCCCCGCUUUUCUGUACGAUCAAUGGCUGACUCUGCUUUCAAGAAAGUUCAGAUUCAGAGAGAUGACACUGCAUUUGAUGCAUAUGUGGUUGGCAAAGAAGAUGCACCCGGAAUUGUUGUUCUUCAGGAGUGGUGGGGUGUGGAUUUUGAGAUAAAAAACCAUGCCUUGAAGAUCUCUCAACUGGGCCCAGGAUUCAAAGCUCUUAUUCCAGAUUUGUAUCGAGGAAAGGUUGGUCUUGAUGUUGCAGAGGCACAACACCUAAUGGAUGGUCUUGACUGGCAAGGUGCUGUAAAGGAUAUCUGUGCUUCGGUUGAUUGGCUUAAAGCUAAUGGUUCAAAAAAGGUUGGAGUGACCGGAUUUUGCAUGGGGGGUGCUCUCUCUAUUGCAAGUUCUGUCUUAGUUCCUCAAGUUGAUGCUGUUGCUGCCUUUUAUGGGGUUCCUUCACCUGAACUGGCAGACCCUGCCCAGGCCAAAGCACCUGUUCAAGCUCAUUUUGGAGAACUUGAUAACUUUGUUGGGUUUUCAGAUGUGACGGCUGCGAAGGCUUUGGAGGAAAAACUGAAAGAAUCAAAAACUCCAUAUGAGGUGCAUAUUUAUCCAGGCAAUGCACAUGCCUUCAUGAACAGGUCCCCCGAUGGUAUAAAGCGGAGGAAGGGCAUGGGAAUGGCUGAUGAGGAUGAAGCUGCAGUCCGCCUCGCAUGGUCUCGUUUCGAGUCAUGGAUGGCUCGUUUCCUGUCAUAAUCAUGAUAAUUCAGUACUUUAUCAUGCUAGCAUAAACAUAAAACUUUCUCGUUGGUUUUUGGAAUGUGUGGAGUAUGCUGCCAUAUUAUUUUGAGUCUUGUUUAAAAGGAUUCCUUUAAUAA